GAGAGGUGGCUGACAGAUGAAAAGCACGGAACCCGCUGAUAAAGUGUUGUGGCGGAGAAAGGAGCUGUAUUGUCGCAGAGGUCCUAAGGUGGAAACCUGUUGCUCUUUGAGGAAGAAUGUACUGCAGGGGUGUGUGCUGUAACCACUGGUCUUCUGAGGAGAGGUUAGAUGGGAAAACAGUGGUCAUCACUGGAGCCAACACUGGUAUAGGCAAAGAAACUGCCAAGGACCUGGCAAGAAGAGGUGCACGCAUCAUCAUGGCGUGCAGAGACCUCGAGAGGGCGGAGGAGGCACGGACGGACAUUUUGGAAGACACAGGAAAUGAGAACGUGGUCAUCAGGAAACUUGAUCUGUCUGACACCAAGUCCAUUAGGGCCUUUGCUGAAGUUGUUAACAAAGAGGAAAAACAAGUGAAUAUCCUGAUAAACAACGCAGGCAUUAUGAUGUGUCCCUACUCCAAGACAGUUGAUGGGUAUGAAAUGCAGCUAGGUGUCAAUCACUUGGGCUGA